AUGGGGAGCGGUUUUGGCGGGGUGAUAUUCCCGCUGAUGCUGCAAUCCCUCCUGCCCCGAGUUGGCUGGGGGUGGUCGAUCCGCAUUCUUGCCUUUGUCCUGCUCGUGCUGUGUGCCAUCAGCGUGGCUUUUUGCCGUAGCCGGGUGCCACCGCGCAAGGGCGCAGAAACCACCUGGCGCGACACACUUCCGGACCCGUCCAUUUUCCUCGAUGGAACCGGAGCCAUGUCCCUCACCACCUUCGGGGUCCUCUUCACCGAUCUGGCCUACUUCCUCCCCAUCACGUACGUGCCGAGCUAUUACAUCGACGGACAGCGCCUGUCCCAGGAGGAGGCGCUGACCGGGUCGGCCGCGUUCGCGUAUCAGCUUCUCGCCAUUCUGAACGCGGCCUCCUGCGGCGGCCGGUAUGUGGCGGGCGAUCUGGCGGAUCGCUUCGGCCGGUACAAUACGAUGACCGUCUCGCUGGUCUUCUGCACGGUCUCCGUGCUAUGCUUCUGGCUGCCGGACAUCGUUGUCUCGGAUCUCGAGAACGACGCCUUGCCCAUCGUCUUUGUCGUCCUGUUCGGCUUCUGCAGCGGCUCCAAUGUGAGCCUGACCCCCAUUUGUCUGGGCCAGCUCUGCGAUACGCAGGAGUACGGACGAUACUACGCGAGCUGCUUCACUGUGGUGGCCAUUGGGGUGCUGGCGAGCCUUCCGAUCGGCGUGGGCCUCCUGAGCGCCGUGACAGCCACGGGCAAGGAAAGGUAUUGGGGUACCGCGCUAUUCGCCGGGCUGAACUAUGUCGUUGCCUUUUUAUGUUUUGUCUGGGUGAGGAUCAAGAUCAAGGGGUGGGAUUGGAGGACCAAAUGGUAG